AGCACUGGCUUGCUGUCAGAGCAUAUGACGAAGACUUCACAGCGCAUGCGCGAACAUUUUGGUUGCUUAUAAAACUGAAACAGGUUCUGAAACCCGCCACAACAGCUACCUUGCUUUUAUCCAUAGCUGUCCGGGCGGGCAGAGCCAAAGAGAAUUUCGUUGGCCCGCAUCUUUCAAAAUGAAGUGCUUCGUCCCUUUAGCGUGUCUUUUGGUGGCGGUCACUGGAUACGCUAUAAAGAAACCACCAUGCGACAAAAGGCCAUACAAGGGGGACAACAGGAAGUUCCAACAAUUCAUCCCUGGAACAGGAUGGAAGACUAUGUCAUGUGCUGUAGGAACAGCAUACUCUCAAGCUACUUGCCAGUGCUCCAUCCUUGUCAAAAAUGAUGACCGAGUGAAGCCUGGCUAUGGCUGGAAGUCGAAAGGCUAUGGUAAAAAGCGUUAUGAUAACGGUUAUAAUAACGGCUAUGAUAACGGUUAUGACAAUGGUAAUGGAAACGGAAAUGGAAAAGGAAAUGGUUAUCGCUAUGAUAACGGUUAUGACAAUGGUAAUGGAAACGGAAAUGGAAAAGGAAAUGGUUAUCGCUAUGAUAACGGUUAUGACAAUGGUAAUGGAAACGGAAAUGGAAACGGAAAUGGUAAUGGCUAUGAUAACGGUUAUGACAAUGGUAAUGGAAACGGAAAUGGAAACGGAAAUGGAAACGGAAAUGGAAAUGGAAACGGAAACGGAAAUGGUAACGGAAAUGGAAACGGAAAUGGAAACGGUGACGAUAAUGGUGACGAUGACAGCUGGUUGUACGGUGGCGGCCGCCCAGAGCCCUAUCCAGAAGUUCCCUUCCCCAAGGGAUUCCCUAUCGGUGUCGUUGGCGGACCUCUACCUGGUCUCCUUAACUUCCUCUCUGGAGGUGGCGGAGGAGGUGGCGGAGGAGGAGCUGGGGGUUGGGGGGAUGAUGAUGAUGAUGACGAUGAUGAUGAUGACGAUGAUGAUGAUGAUGACGACGAUGAUGAUGACGACGACGAUGACGACGACGACGAUGACGACGAUGAUGAGGAAUAUUAUGGUGACGACGAUGAUGAUGACGACGAUGACGACGAUGAUGAUGACGACGAUGAUGACGAUGGGGCCAUCCUCAACCUUCUGUCAACAGUUGUCAGCCUCCUCACAAGCGUACUCUCAGGUGGAGCCGGUGGUGCUGGAGCCGGUGGUGGUGCUGGAGCCGGUGGAGCCGGUGGUGCCGGUGGUGCCGGAGGUGCCGGUGGAGCCGGUGGAGCCAGUGGAUUCGGUGGAGCCAGUGGAUUCGGUGGAGCCGGUGGAGCUGCUGGUGGUUUCGGUGCUGGUGGAGCUGGUGGAAGUGGUGGUGGAGGCGGCUUUGGAUUUGGUUCAGCAAGUGCAAGAGCAAGCGCUGAUGCAGCUGCCCGUGCAUUCGGUGGUGGAUUUGGUGGAUUUGGAUCCUCAUCUGCUUCGGCUUCUGCUGAUGCCUCAGCAUCUGCUAACAUUGCCACACUUCUAGGACAAUUUGCCGAAGCCUCUGCUCGUGCGAGUGCUAGUGCUGCUGCAAACGCAGGUGCUGGAGGUUUCAAUGGUGGUUUCGGAUCAUCUAGCGCCUUCGCUGAUGCUUCUGCUUCAGCCAGUGCUUCUGGAUUUGGCUGGGAUAAUGACGACGACUGCGGUGACGGCGAAAAUGGCAACGGCAAUGGCAACGGCAAUGGCAACGGAAAUGGCAAUGGCAAUGGCAAUGGCAAUGGCAAUGGCAAUGGCAACGGCAACGGCAACGGCAACGGCAACGGCAACGGCAACGGCAACGGCAACGGCAAUGGAAAUGGCAACGGGAAUGGAAAUGGCAACGGGAAUGGAAAUGGCAACGGCAACGGGAAUGGAAAUGGCAAUGACGAUGACUGGGAUGACUUUGACUGGGAUGAUGAUGACUGGAAUGACAAUGACAAUGGUGACAAUGGUGAUGAUGAUGAUUUCUGGGAUGAUUGGGAUGACGAUGAUCGUUGUUGGGAUGAUGACAACGAUGAUUGGGAUGACGAUGAUCGUUGGGGAGAUGAUGACAACGAUGAUUGGGAUGAUGAUGAUCUUUGGGGAGACGAUGACAACGAUGAUUGGGAUGACGAUGAUCGUUGGGGAGAUGAUGACAACGAUGAUUGGGAUGAUGAUGAUCGUUGGGGAGACAAUGACAACGACGACAAUGGUAACGGUGACGAUGAUGAUGACAACGGCGGAUACGCAUUCCUCAGGAGAGCUCUUGCAAGAGCAAGUGCAAGAGCAAGAGCUGCUGCAACUGCAGCAGGAAGGUCACGAGGAGGAUCAGGCAGAUCAGCCGGUUCAGGCGGUUCAGGCGGUUCAGGCGGUUCUGGUGGUUCUGGUGGUUCAGGCGGAUCGGGUGGUUCAGCAAGAGCAAGAGCUCGUGCUAGUGCUAGUGCAAGGGCCUCUUCAGGCAGCGGGAGCAAAGGAGGCUAUUAUGGCAAAGGAGGCUAUUAUGGCAAAGGGGGCUAUUAUGGAAAGAAACGAAGCUACUCCUCUUACUAAAAACAUAGAACAUUUAAUUCCAAAUGAGGAUCCAAGCGGGUAGACUGGUUGUCAAGGUAUGAUCGUACGUAUGGUGGUUCACUUUGGUUCCUCGCAGGCUGUGGAAUGCAGACAUCAUUUUCCAUUUCUUGUGAAAUAAAACAACUGUGUAUAUUCUGUCAUAGUGACUGUACGCUGAAAAUAAACUUUUGUCUAUA